UUAACAAACUCUGACAAAAUGUCGGAAGACGAAGUAGAAAGUUUUGAAAUUACGGAUUAUGACCUUGAUAAUGAAUUCAAUAUUAAUCGUCCUAGACGAAAAUUAACAAAAAAGCAGCAGAUGCUUGGUAUUUGGGCAGAUGAUAGCGACGAAGAUGAAUUAUCUGCCAGACCAUCGUUUAAAACUUUUGAUAAAGGACCAAAAAAUUAUACAACCCCUGUAAAUUUUGUAGCUGGUGGUAUUCAACAAGCUGGAAAGCCAAAGGAAGAAUCAGGUGAUAAAGAUGAUGAUGAUAGUGACAGUGAGAGUGCAAAUAGGUCACAAAAGGAAUUUCCAAAUAGUUCAAGUUCUGAUGAUGAAAGGCCCAGUAGUAUGCAGCAACGUACAUCAUUUUCAUUAAAUAUAGAUGGAGAUAUUGCAGGGUUACGUAAAAAGAAGCACAAAGUCAAUCCUGUACUAAUACAAAGUGGAAUGGGCAGCUGGGAAGUCUAUACAAAAGGUAUUGGAGCUAAGUUGUUGCUGCAGAUGGGGUUUGAACCUGGGAAAGGGCUGGGUAAACAGUUACAAGGUAUCAGUGCACCAGUGGAAGCACAUUUGAGGAAAGGCAGAGGUGCUAUUGGUGCUUAUGGUCCAGAAAAAGGUCCAAAAGUUCCAGACAAGAAAAAGGAAGAGGAAGCAGAAGAAGGAAAGGAAACCAAAGCUAAGUUAUCACAAUGGAGAAAAGGAGAUGGAAAUGCUACAAAGAAGAAAGUAAAUUAUGUGUAUCGCAGUGUUGAUCAAGUUUUAGAGGAUGGAAAAUUAAAACCUAAUAAAAAAGUGAGAAUAUCUAAUGAGAUGAGUAGGGUGAAAGUUAUAGACAUGACUGGGCCAGAACAAAGAAUUCUUAGUGGAUAUCACGCAAUAGCUGGAGGUCAACAACGUCCCGACGAAAACGUUGUUGUCAUUGAUAAAAAAUCUAAGGUUUACUUUGCACUGCCUGAGCUUCAGCAUAAUUUAAACAUACUUGUGGACAUGUGUGAACAGGAUAUUAUUCAAAAUGACAGAAGGACAAGGCACUUGAGUGACAGAGUGAUUGCACUGGAAGCUGAGAAAAAAAAUUUAUCCAAGUUUAUUGACCAACAAGGCCAGCUUAUUGAUACUUUAGAAAAUGUCCUUUCAAUUGUAGACAGGUUGAUGGAUGAAACAAACCAACUGACAUUACAAGAAACUGCAGAAGCUUUUAAAGACUUACAAGAUAAAUAUUAUGAAGAAUACAAAAUGUAUGAACUUGGUGAAUUGGCUAGUAGUUUUGUUGGUCCUAAGAUAAAAGACUGUCUGGUUAGCUGGAAUCCACUAAUGCAACCGAAACAACCAAUCAAAUUGUUUGAACAAUGGAAGAGUAUUUUAGAGAGUGGUACUACUACUCUUCAAACAAGAACUAUGCACCCAUAUGACCAACUUGUUUGGAAUGCAUGGAUGCCAUCAAUUAGAGGGGCUACACAGCAAUGGACGUGUAGACAACCAGAUCCGUUAAUUGAAUUAAUAGAGCAUUGGAUACCAUUACUCCCAAACUGGAUAUUAGAAAAUAUUUUAGAUCUGUUAAUACUUCCUAAACUUACCUUGGAAGUGGAAGAAUGGAAUCCUCUUACCGACACAGUACCCAUUCAUACAUGGAUUCAUCCUUGGUUACCACUUUUACGGAACCGUUUGGAUACUUUAAUAUAUCCCAUAAUACGGCGAAAACUGGGAUCUGCAUUGGGUGGCUGGCACCCAUCUGACAGAUCUGCUAGGCUAAUGUUACAACCAUGGGCUAAUGUCUUCGCGAAAGGAGAUAUGGAGGCCUUCUUAGUGAAAAAUAUCAUUCCAAAAUUACAAAUCGCACUUUCGGAAUUUGUUAUAAACCCACAUCAACAACAUUUGGAUCAAUGGAAUUGGGUAUAUGAAUGGAAGGAAUUAAUUCCAUCGCAUAUAAUGGCGGGAUUACUCGAUAAAUUCUUCUUCCCUAAAUGGUUACAAGUUUUGGCACUUUGGUUAAAUCAUUCCCCUAACUAUGAUCAAGUUACGAAUUGGUACAUGGGAUGGAAAAGUAUGUUGAAUGAAAAACUAUUGGGUGAACCAUUAGUAAAAGAACAUUUUAAGAAAGCAUUAGACAUGAUGAACAGAGCAGUUUCCGCGCCGCAGAGUCAUCAACCUGGUGCAAUGGAACAAGUUUCGUAUUUAACAAGUUUAGAAAGGACUCAACCUACUAUGUCACAAAUGCCCCCAACUGCUCAGCCAAGAAUGGAGAGACUUGCGGAAGCAGUUAGGACAGCAUCACAAAUACCUCAAGGUUUCAAAGACCUUGUUCAAAAGAAAUGCGAAGAAAGAGGUAUUUUGUUUAUGCCUAUACCGAAUCGGUACAGAGAAGCAAAACAAGUAUAUAAAGUGGGCAAUGUUCAAGCUUACAUAGACGGAAACGUCUUAUUCGUGUGUCACAAUGGCAUGAAUUGGAUGCCAACACAUUUAAAUGCUCUACUAGAUAUGUCUGAACUUUAG